AUUAAUUCGUACAGAUAGAUACAUUACCUUUAUAUUUGCGCGCAGGGAGGUAGCUACAACCUACCUACCUGGUACAUGCAUGUAUUGAACCUCGCUCCUUCUCCUCCUGCCACGGCGCACUCGUUGGUGAGACGCGGGCACGCGUUAACGACAGGACGCGAUGCGUGGCUGCUAGAAGCUCCUAGGCACUGCUGUAGUACCUUUUGAGGAUUGCGACAGCACCUGACCGAAGACCCAACGAUCAGAAGCCGCAGGACCUGAGGCACCAAGAUGGCAGCGGCUCUGCCUGUGCGAUCCAACACCAACAGCACCGGCAGCUACUCGUCGCGCAAGCUGAACUCGUUCCCGUCCAGCACCACCGCCAAUUCGACCGUCAAGCACCAACACAGUCGCUCGAAUGCCUCGUACCAGAGCACCAGCACCGGCCACUACUCCACUCACUCGGCCUCGCUGCAGUCUACCGCGCAACAACAGCACCAUCUCCGCCCUCCCCAGAAGCGUGCUCCACGCAAUGCAGCAAAGCCGGUCAAGUCGCAGUACCCCUCGGAUAGCAGCGAGAAACAUGUCGAGUACAUCCUGGUUGCUUCCUUCGACAUCGAUCGAGGGAGUAUCAUGGAGCAGCAAUAUCCCGCACCGGUAGGAGGUGAUGAGCACAUGCUGGCGGAGUUGAUGUUGCCCGAUCAGGUGGACAAGCGCUCGCAAGACUGGACCACCUUUUUCCUUCACAAAGACGCUGGCCAGGACGAAGAAGAGCGGGAGAGAAGGCGCAGGCAUCGCAGACGGCGACGAGGUGGCACCGGCUCCGAUGACGAGCAAGCAGAAGCAGGUGCCGAGGACGACGACAAUGCAGACGAGGAGUAUGGGGAUGACCUGGACAACGACGACGAUAAUUCUGACGACGUCACCCUCGACGGACCUCCAUUAGUAUACGUGCUAAACUUGGUCAACACCAAGCUCGAUCCGUCCGUGCCUCGCGGCGCCAUAGUCAAGGCCAUGGCCAUUUGUACUCGGCACUCUUUCUUGCAUAUAUAUAAGCCUCUCCUGUUGCUGGCACUCGAGCAGUACUUUGCUCGUCCUCAGGCCGAGACGCUGGCUUCCUUAUACGAAGCCGUCAAUGAUAUGGACUUGUCUUUGCUGCCCCGACUGAACUUCUUGGAGAAAUACAUAUUACAGGCCUCAGACGCCAAGGACAUGUUUCUAGAAAAGUUCGAGGCCAUGAUCGCGCAGCGAAUGGCUGCCAGUAAGGACCCCGAUGCAACGUUAUCACCACCGGAGCCGUCGAGCACGCACCAGCUCCAAUCGAGAACUCGUUACGGGCUACCACGAGACACCCAUGAGUUCGAAAGCGUGGUCCACUAUGCCAACGUGCCAGUGCCAGUCAAGAUCCCAACCGCAGUCAGCCCAGAGACAGUGGGUGACUUCAGCUUGAUUAAAUUGAUCACCACAUUCAGCACUCCACAUGCUGUGCAGGUCGUCCCUUUUAACCCGACUCAUCCUCAUCUCACCACGUCUGGCCCUACCACUCAUCCCAUUAUCGUGCUCCUCAAUGCCCUUCUGACACAGAAGCGUGUCAUCUUCUUGGGAGAUAAGCUGCCCAGCUCGGACGUAGCAGAAGCUGUUCUUGCCGCUUGUGCUUUAGCUUCUGGUGGUCUUCUCCGCGGCUUCACGCGACACGCUUUCCCUUAUACUGACUUGACCAAAAUCGAGGACUUACUGAGAGUGCCAGGUUUCAUUGCUGGCGUGACUAACCCCAUGUUCACACACCAUGCUGAAUGGUGGGACUUGAUGUGUGAUCUUGGCACAGGACGUAUGAAGAUAUCGAACCGCAUUGAGCAGGCACCAUUGACGGAAGGCGUGGCAUUCUUCCAUCAAAACACCCACCAACCAGGAACGAUUGCUUCGAGCGGAAGUGGAGGAGGUAUUGCAUCUUUCAUGACCGCUAGUGCAAGCUUGUCCGCAGGUUUGGGCGGUAAUGCUGCUCCCAGCCAGAACUUGAAUAGCGAUGCCACUGGAGACGGAGCUUUUAUUCAAAGUGUGCUUGUUGCUAUCAGCGAGAGACACGGCGAGCAUGCUAUCCGUGCCAAAUUUAGGAAGUGGAUUGUAAAAUUCACGAGGUUGGCUUCGAGCUUUGAGGAGACUGUGUAUGGCGCCAGUGCUCUCCACAUACACAAUCCCGAGAACGCAAAGGCGAUAUUGAUGGGAUCAGACGGUUCGCCAAUUAGUCCAAAUGACGGAAAAUCAGACCGAGCUUCCCCAGGAAUCACCGGCCAUGGCUACGUGUGGCCAACAGCUUUGAGCAAAACCAACGAGCUGGCAGCCAACUCGACACGAAUCGAAGGUUGGCGCAAUACGCGCAGCUACUAUAAUUUUGUGCAAGAUCUUGCAGCACUCUACGUGCAUCGUCCGAUUAAGCACCUUGACCUGCAGCACUUGCACGAUCAGCUGGCCAAGCUGCGACUUGGCCAUGAACAGAGCGCGCAGAUAUACCUGGCCAUAUGUGCUGCGGCUCGGAGUGAGCAGGAGAUCAGUCAACUACUAUCAGUGGUCGUCAAUGGUGUCUGGGAGAAUAAGGUGACAGCGACUGGCAGUGGGCAAAACUCGGGGCUGCUUUACAUUGGCAUGGGGCUUUUUCAUCCCAGGCUUGACGUGAGAGAGGAAGUGGCCGAGCUGUUGGGCAGGAUACGAGAGCACGAGGCCGGACGACACUUCUGGCAUGCGCUGGGAAGAUUUAUUAGGAUUGGUUGGGAUAGAGUCAUGACUCUAAGGGUGGAGCGACUCACUGCUGACGAUGGAUAGGCGAUGUGGGCUUUAUGAUACCCGUGCAGGGCAAUGAUCUUGGAACGAUAUGAGCGAAAUGAUCUAUGAAGAGCACGUAGGUAUAUACGGAGAUACUGGGUCCAGGUUCGAGAGGACCACUCCUCUGAUUGGCAUCAUCAGCCAUCGUGUGAAAAUGGAGCACAAAAGUACAAUAUAAGUGCGCUCGCGGGCACG